GCGCUGUCUGGCGGGGCGCAGUGCGUAAGAGAAAGAUCACCCGAGACGUUGCCCUGUGAAGAAUGCCUUCUGCCUCCGUGAAGCUGGAACACCAGGGGUCCCAAGACGCCCUCGACCCCUUCCACAAAGUCAUGAACCUCGUCGAGAAGAAGACCCGCAACCUGGAGAAGCGCAAGAACAAGCUGGAGCAGUACCGGGUGGACCUACAGGCAGGAAAGCAGCUGAAUGAGGAUCAGCAGCAGGCCGUGGCUAACUAUGAUCGUGUGUUGGGGAACCUGGAGGUGGUGCGGGAGCUGAACCAACAGUUCACUGCCAUCUUGACUGACCACAACAAGCUCAUGAAGAAACAGGCGAAGAGAGAACAACUUGAGAAACAGCAGGAAGACAUCAACAAGAUGAAGGAUGUGUUUAAGUUUCAGGAAGCCCUGCAGCAGUUGGUGCAGGAGGAGGUGCGGGCUGACUUCCUGGCAGGGACCAAUGGUGCAGUACAAGUUUCAGCAGAAGUCCUUGACAGUCUACAGGUAGUUCAGAAGUUGACCACACCAACCAGAGUUGCAGGACAGUCAAUACCAGAGAUGCAGAAUGACAUGAAGAAUGCGGCGGAGCACAUGGUUCUGUUGCGGGAGGGAAAGAACAAAGAAGUGGCUGGUAGCACGUACAAGGCUCUUCUCAACAUGGUGGAAGAGAUAGCAAACUGCCCCUACCCUGAAAGGAAGCCGACCGUCCCAGAAGAAGAGGAGGAGGAGGAGGAAGAAGUCGAGGAGGAACAAGAACCACACCCUAUCGUGGAGACAGAGGAGGUUGUUCCUGAGUACACAAAUGGUUUGGUAGGGGAAGAGGAGGAGGAGGUCUCUGUUGUUGCUGAGCUAGUGAUCACUAGUCCUGUCACAGAAGGUCCCCCUCCUGGCUUGGCUCCCCCCUCAGCAGGACCUCUUCUCUCUCCCUCCCUGCCCCAGGAGCCCACUGGAGUCACACAAGCACAGGAAGCUCUGGCAGCAGCCAUGGCACAGAUGAAUUCAGCUGGUGUGCCUGGGGCCUCCCAGGUGGCAGCUGUAGCAGCAGCAGGUUUGCCACCUGCUCCAUCCUACUUCACACAGGCACCUCCACCUCCUGUGCCUCAGACACAACCUCCCCAACAGUCUGCACCACAGCCACCCCAGCCAUCUCAGCAACCACAACAGCAACCACCCCAGCCACAGCCACCCCAGCAGACUCCACUACAGCCUCCACCCCCUCCACAGCUACAACCAAUCUCUCUGAAUGAUCUUGUUGCUCCUGGAAGCUUUGACUUCCUGCAGGAAAGUCAAGUGGCACAGGAACCUCCCACUGUGUACAUGGACCCAGCAGUGGUUUCCAUUGGCAGUAUCAAGACAGAUUCAGUCACUCAGAGAUCUGUUUCCCCUGUUCCACAGCCACCCCAGCAGGUUUCUCCGCUGGUUCCUCCUAGCCAGGAUCCGACACAUCCAUCCAGCAUCCCCACACAGACCUUCACCAACCAGUCAUACAACGUAGCCUCCUACUCCCAGGGUGUGCCUGUCUACCCCAGCAACACAGUCGUUGACAGCACACCCAAUCCCCCGCCCCCCAUCCCCCUGCCACCGCAGGCUCGGCCGCAGGAGAAGGUAGAAUUCAAUCCUGAAGCAAGCCCUUGGACAGGUCAGCAGGUUCCUCCCCCACAACCCCCAGCACCUCUCAGCAAUGUACCCCAGCCACCCCCUCCACAGCCACAACAGCAGCCACCUCCAGAGGAAGAUUGGGGUGCCCAAGAUAUUCCCAUGAAUGGGGGAGAAGAGAAGUGGGGCAGUGCUGAUGGCGGAAAUUGGGGGGACUAUGAGGAGGUCCAGGGAGGAGGGGGUGGUCCCCAUAAUGGACAUGGUGACUAUGACAGAAGAGGUGGCUUCCGCGGCAGAGGCCGAGGCUUUGGCCGAGGAAACUUCCGUGGUGGCCGUGGCAAUUACCAGAACGGCCGUGGAGGCUACGGUGGAUACGGGGGGUUCCGAGGUGGUCGCGGAGGAAUGGGAGGUGGCCCUCGAGGAGGCCGGGGAGGGUUCAGGGGGCAGGGCAUGAGAGGUAACUUCCGUGGUCGAGGUGGUCCUGGUGGUGGUGGGUACCCGGGCCCCCGUGGACAAGGUUACCAACAACAGUAGUAAAACAAACCAGUCCAUCUGCUGCGAGUGUUGACUGUGUACCACAGUGUUGUGGUAGUGACUGACGGUGCUGCUGGCUGCUUCACCCUGGUUACGUUAGCACUGAACGGAGAGACAGUACAUAGGGCAUUCUUGACGGGACAAUGUGUGUGAUAACCAUAAAAGUGAAAAAUAUGCCAAAAAAGAGAAGGAAAAUAUAAAACUUGGAAUUCUUGCGAAUUCUGAAAAAAAAAUAAAAAUCACUUUCAACUAUUCCAUGACUUGUCAAAGUUAUAACUUUUUUUUUUUGUAAUAUUUAUGGAAGCACUUGGUGGUGUAUAUGGGGGAGGGGUGGAGGGUACAGUUAUGCUCUCCCCUCCUCCAAGGACCGCCUCCUCUACACUAUUCAGCUGUCAACGCUUCCAAUACAUUAUCCAUUACUGCACCCUCAGAGUUUCUAUUAUCCUUCUAUAUCCUGUUAAUUCUGAGGGUUGAAGGAGCCUUAGUUACAACAAUUGUAUUAUUACAACUAAAGCUCAUGGUUAACUUUAGUUUUAGGCACUUUUUUAUGAGUACCAGAAAUGAGUUGUGGAAUAGAUCAAACCAAAUAUUUCAAAAUGGAACAAAUAAUUUUAAGUGAAUGUUAGGGUGCUUUCUUUUCUUACUGUGAGGCUAAAAAUUUGCAGGAAUUCAUAUGCACAUUGAUGCCUAUACUGGUGUACAAUUAUAUUUACCAUCCCUUGCCUUAUUUCAUAAUGGUCAGUUAGUAUAUAUUUGUACAGUGCAAAUUUAAACUUUUUGUUUCCAUGAACUAUGACUUCUUGAACAUGCUAAGGACACCUUAGCUACAAUAACAAUGUGAUUUUUUUUU